AUGGGGGCCUACGGCCGCAAAGUGCCCGCGUUUCCGACCUCGGAAGUUUCAUUAGUGAACAUGGGCGGCUCGCCGGCGUGGCUUAUAUUGGGUGGCGGCCGAUCAUUAACCCAGUUGGGCGGCGGGACGCGGCGCGGGCGGCCACGUCAGUGCCGCGCCAUGCAGCUCCCAGAGGCGCCGCCGCCGCUCGCUCCGCUCUGGGACCGGGUGCUCAGAGCGCGCGCCUUGCCACCAGACCUCGACGUUGACCUGCUGUACAUUGCCAUCAGGGAUCGGCUCGCGCACCCCGAAUGGGAAGUCCGUCUGCACGCGCUAAGGGUCCUCGCCGAUCUCUUGCCGCUGUCCGGCAACGCUCUGUCGUUCCCGUUCGACCAGGUCGUAGACAACCUGGGCCACGGCUCACCGAACGUCCGCAAGGCGGCGUUGGACGCCCUCAAGGUUUUCGCUAAUUACUGCGAGGACACGGAAUGCGCAACCAACGCAAUUCUAGAUAAAUGCUCGUAUAACAACAUUAGGCCGCAUUCAGCGAAUAUUGAUAAUAAGGUUAACGUAAUAACGGGUUUGGUUCUAUCGAUUCCUUCAGUGAUGGCUAUACUAAAACGCAGAAAUCCGAAUCUGGACAUGUUUCCAGUUUUCAACACGUUGGGUGAUAAACUUUUUGACUCUGUGCAUAGGGAUGUCGCACUGCGAUCCCUUAUGAAACUCCGGAGGGUGUGUGGGCCGCGCGACUACAUGCUGUGCUUCACGAGGCUGGAUCCAAAAGUGCAAGACAAGUUUCGUUUGUUGUGUGAAAAGUUCGACGAGGACUCGCUGGACGUGUACUACGCGCCGCGCAGGACAUACACCACCAAUGGCUCUCAGCCGUUGACGAGGAUCAAUCACGUGUUCAACAAUCACUCCACUGCCCCCAUUCGUAUAUCGUCCGACUCGUCGUCGGACGAUUCGUACGCGAUGCCGUACUAUACAAACAAUUACGGCAAAGUCAUAAUCGAAACGGAAAUAAAGUUCGAUUCGGACACGGCGAUCACGAUGACUGUGCUGGAGCAGAAUGAAUCUGAGUCCGAGAAAAAUACUGGGAGUGACGACGAAGACAGCGUCGACCGUAAUAUGCUAAAAUACAGUGACGGUGAGUCAGAGGAUUCCGAUGUAGUGGUGAAAAAGGUGAGGUUCGGCGGCGAGAGCGUCAAAAUUCGGACGCCCGAUAGCGACAACCUAAUCACGAGCGAAGAGGACAACAACCCAAUCACCGCGUCAGAAGAGAGCAGUAACAUAGAGGAAGCGUUACCCACCACCCCGAGCAUCGUGAACAAAAUGAACGACAUUAAACGCGAGUCGGUGGAAAGGGAGGCGCGCCUCAAUCAGAGAAAGAGCGCAAUUCCUUUGCCCGUGAUCAGAUCACAUCGAGCGAACGAUGCGGCCAACAACACCGUUAUGAAGUCGAAGUCGAAAUCGUUGAGCGAACUCUAUGAUUAUUUUAACAAGAGAACUGGCAGUGAAAGCAGGCCUAAGGACGCGUCGAAAUUCGCUCUGACGCUGACUGAAGUGCGGUCGCCGGAGAAGAUCCCUAGCCCAGUAGAAACGCAUAAGGAGGUGGAGGUCCUCCACAACCUACAAAGAAGUCCAACGGUGUCACCUAGGAGACAACAGACGCGAGUGCAUAUUGAAAAGGAUGGAUUCGUUCUUAAUCUGGUGGCUUCAUCGCCUCCGGAGUCGUUGCUGGUAUCACCGCUGCCGGCGUCUCCGCUGAAGAAACAUUACGAUUGGGAGGACCUGGAAAUAUUGCCAUCGCGUGUCUGCGAUCAGCUCCAUAACACGGAUAACUGGAUCGCGGCUGUGAAGGCCGCCGAUCAGCUGCACAGCACGCUGUUGGAAGCGAACAGCGUGCGUAGCGUGGAGCCGGCGGCCUUGUCGCUCGUUGAGCACAUGUGGGCACUCAGCGACGCGGUACCAGCGACGAGGGCCCCAGCUGAAGGGGCGGUGUGCGCGCUAGUCCGUGGCGCUAGCGGCGCAUGCACCCGCCUCCUCUUGCCCUCGCUGAUAGCGCGCCUCUGCCGCGACCCGCCGCCCGCGGCUCUGCCGCACGCGUUGCUGCAGAGGCUCGCCCUCCACCACCUCAUAGACCUCAUCUUCGACCCCGAGAUGACUGGAGUGCGGGAUGCAAGAGAGGCGGAGGCAGGGCAGCUGAGGGCAGCGCUGUGCGUGGCCCGCGCCGCCGGCCCUGCGGCGGUGCUGGCUGCAGUACGCCGCCGCCCGCCCCCCACGCAACAUCCCGACGCCUUCUGUGCACAGCUAAGGGAACGACUGAACAAGCCCAUUGAGAAUAUUCGGCCUAGUCAGUUCAGCAGUAGGAGCUCUCAGUUGCCAGUGCCAGCGAGGCGGGCCAGAUCAACGCCACCUGCAGCGCCUCCCCCUAAGCCUAGGCGCUUGCGGCCUCUGCCAGACUCCGCUCCUUUGCCAAGUAUUUCGCAACCAGGCAGAGACGUGAUAGUGACAUCUUUGUCGCCCAUUGCUUUAAGUGACAGAGACUCCAGCGCGUACACUGUCAGCGGCGGGCGGGAAGCGAAAGCGGACCAGACCGAGAUCAAAGAACCAGACAAUGUGGACGGUAAGGAGGAAAAACAGGCGGAGGUGGACGAACCCCCGUCGCCGCCUCGAUCCCCUUCGCUGAAAGUAGAGGACUUCUCGGAAAAAUCGAACCCAUCGCUGCAUAGCGCAGAAACCAAAAACGAGCCUCCAGCGGAGGUCGUUGAAGAGGACGGUGAAUCGCAAAAGUCUAUUGCAGAAAUGAAUGCAGAAACUAACGGAGGGUUGGAGAGUGCCGACGGAGAAGCCUCGGUCGGUUCGAAAAGUAAGAGCGAGCCUCCAAGCCCAGUCGGGAGUGCUAGACUGUCAUCGGAGGCGGUUGUUAGCGGGAGCAGGCGGUCGCUUGGAGAGCGGGACGUCCGUUCUGCGCUUGCCGAGUGCAUUAUGCCGGCGCGUCACGAGGACUGGGAGGCAAUCGUGACCGGACUAGCGGAGACGGAGAGGAUGGCGAGGGAUGUGACCGCGCGGGCACCGGCCAGCAGUUGGCGAGCCGCCGCUCGUUCCGCCUCAACGCACGUGCGCUCUUUGCGCUCGAAAGUCGCCCGAGCGGCGUGCACCACGCUCGGCGCGCUCUUCGAGCACCGCGGCCGAGCGUUGGACCCCGAGCUGGACGAGGCGACGGGGGCGCUGCUGGAGCGGUGCGCUGACGUGAACCGGUUCUUGCGAGCGGACGCGACGAGCGCUCUGAGGCGGAUCGCUUGCGGGGGCGUGGGGGCACGAGCGGCGGUCGCGCUGGCUCGUAGGGGUGUCACGCACCGAGCGGGGCCGGUUAGAGCGGCCGCGGCGCAGGCUUUAUCCGCUCUGGUGCGGCAUAACGGCGCGUCGGCGACCCUGGACAUGGCGGCGGAACCGCGCACUAUGCUCCUGCGCGCCACCGGCGAGCUGUUGGCGGACGCGAGCGCCGAGGCGAGGGCGCACGCGAGACACCUCUGGGUCGCGCUCGCCGAAGACCAGCGUUUCCCGCAAAUGCUCAAGGACGCGAUGCCGCCGACUCGGUACAGGGCCAUAGAGAAAUACGUCGACAAGCUGCGCUGCCGG